CUCCCGUAAACUCGUCUACCGAUCGUCCGCGUGUCCUCUCCGUGCCAAUAUGCCACCAUGUAAUAUUUUUGAUAUUCGUCUUACGAACACGGCUCGUCGUCCGUAUUUAUAGAUGGUUUAUCGAUUUGAUUUUUCCGUUCAUUUCUAUAUUUUGCGUGACGCGUAAGACUUUUCGUACGGAAUAUGCUGUUGUUUAGCGGUUGAAAAGAAAACACGUUGUCAAAGCGACUUGAAAUAAUUUCAAGACUAUUUAGGAAGCUGUAAUGGUAUUCAAAUAAUUUAAUAACCAUACGAUUAAAUUCUACGCAUAUUGAUAUUGUUUGUAGAUGGACGUGUUCAAGGCGCAGUAUCGACAAUACAUCUGACAUGAACAAUACGACGAGUGGAUCAUACAUGGUCCAGCUCGAUGACACCGCAAACGAAACAGUAGAGGGUUAUUUGCUCCGAACUCGAGGGCCCAAACACCUUUCGCUAAACAUCGUGUUGCCAAUCACUGUCAUCUAUGUAUUCAUAUUUGUCACAGGGGUGAUUGGCAAUAUCGCUGUUUGCGUAGUGAUUGUACGCAACAACUUUAUGCACACGGCCACCAACUACUACCUAUUUAGCUUGGCUGUAUCCGAUCUCACACUAUUACUUUUAGGACUGCCUAAUGAUCUCAGCGUAUACUGGCAACAGUAUCCAUGGCCGUUGGGUGAAGUUCUCUGUAAAUUUCGUGCUUUAGUUUCAGAAAUGACUUCAUACACGUCGGUGUUAACCAUCGUGGCAUUUUCGAUGGAAAGGUAUUUGGCUAUCUGUCAUCCCCUCCAUUCAUACGCCAUGUCCGGGUUGAAGAGAGCUGUCCGAAUAAUCGCAGUUGUGUGGGUGAUUUCGUUUUUUGCCGCACUGCCGUUCGCCAUGUUCACUACGGUAGACUAUGUGGAUUAUCCACCUGGGUCAGGAGAUCCAUUGUACGAGAGCGCGUUCUGCGCGAUGCUGGAUAAGAACGUGCCGACAGGAGUGCCUGUUUACGAGUUGAGCUCACUGCUGUUUUUCCUUGUACCGAUGAUGAUCAUUAUUGUGCUUUAUGUGCUCAUUGGGCUCCAAAUCAGACAGAGUUCUAGACACUCGCUGGGAAAGCAAAUGCAGGGGAACGUUCACGGGGAAACCAAACAAAUUCAAUCAAAAAAGUCAAUAGUCAGGAUGCUAGCUGCUGUGGUCAUCGCAUUUUUCCUGUGCUGGGCGCCGUUCCACGCGCAGCGGUUGCUCUACCUGUACGCGAAGGACUCGCCGUACUAUACGCAGGCCAACGAAUUGCUAUACACGAUCGCCGGUUGCUUCUAUUACUUCUCGUCGACGGUCAACCCAAUACUGUACAAUCUGAUGUCGAUGAAGUACAGGAGGGCAUUCCGGGAGACGCUGUGCGGGUACUCGGGUGACCGACGGAACCGCAUGUCCCGGGAACUGCAGUCGAGCUUCCGGGACACGACCGUGCCGCUGAACACGACGAUUAGCACCGCCGAGUGCAGCCGCAAAUCAGUAGUGCACCGGUCCACAAGGAACCUGCAGCAGACCGAACCACCGUAUAACCAGCAGCACCAGCAGCAGCAUCAUCAUCAUUAUGCGGCUGCACCGUCGUCCGACGAUUGCAGUGUCGGCCGCCCGCCCGCGACGGCCUCCGACGUGCUGGUGAUGAUCUCACCGGUAAACGGCAAUGCGCAGUGCUACAAAACGUUGCUCAGGGUGACCGUGCAGGGCUCAGACAACAAGCCCACCGCCACCGCCGCCACUGCGCAACACGGCAACUGCAACAGCAAACUGCAGCUGCAGGGCUGCAGCGAAACACAAACCGAAAACCCGCAUUGCGCCGAAGUGGAGACUUGCAUUUAACGCGGAUUUGCAGGCAGAACCAGACGGAAAUCGUAAUAGAAUAUUGUGCGUGUACAUAUGAUAAGUGCGUGUUGCGCGCGUUACUCUUCUCGUCGUCGAAAACCUUUUAUACAGGCCAAAUAAAAAUUUUAAAUUGAAAUUUUAAAUUAUACUCGUAUAUUAUAGAAUCACAUUUUCAAAUAUUUAUAUAUUUUAUGCCAUUUAUAAGGAGUGUCUUGUGAUAGCGCGAUACUAACAUCUGUUUUUUGAAUCAGAACCGCAAUUUUUACCAUAAACUUUUAAAUAAAUUAUUUUCUUUUUAAAACGUUGAUAUACAUUAAUCAAAAUUUGAACUAGUAGUUUCUGAAUUAUUAAAUUUUAUGUACUAAGGUUAAAAAAUCAUAGAUUUAAAAAUAUAAAGGCUGUUUAUAUUUUAUGUUAAUCCGCUAGGAGACUCACUUCACUCGUCAAUUCCCCUUCAAUUCUUUUUUUUUAGAACUGAUAAUUUUUAAUUCUAUUAUACAAAAUCUAAAUGAAAAUAAUGCAAACAUCAUAAACAUGAUUAACAUUUUAAAUAUAAUACACACAUUUACUGUAAUGACUCAUCAAAUGUAAUAUUUUUACUAUUAAUUAAGUACCUUGCGUCUUUUAUAUCGUGAAAAUUCAACGUAUAGCAAUUUACUAUGUGUCUAUGUGUAAAUAUCGUAAGAAUAUAAAAAUAACUCUAAUAUUGAUUUCCUUUGACGAAACAUUUUUAUAUAGUAGAAAAAUUAUUAUUUUAAUUAAGAAACUGCUCAUUCAAAUUUCGAUCAUGCAUCAAAGCUUAAAAACAAACAUGUACUUCACAAUUAACAAAAAAAAAAAUGCUAAUAUUCAUUUGAAAAAAAAGAAAUUCUUAUCAUCAUA